GUGAAGUUUGUGAAGUACCGAGUGACAGUUACCCGAAAUAAACGCAUCGAUAUCUCGACACACGUUGACGAAGGAAAACGUUUUAGAAAUGUAACACCAACUCAGUGUCCGUUGUGUUGAAGCGAGCCGCUCGUGUUCAGCUCCGUUUGACAACAAGACGCCGUCGAGAUGAUGAAAACCGACUUAACGAGCUGUGAUGAUUAUUAAAGCUGUUUCCAGUUUGUGGAAAAUCAACGCGAACCGCUUCCAUUCAGUGAACAAAUCUGGAUUUCUGCCCAGUCCUCUGUUUCCUGCCCUCGUUGUGAAAUGUCCUGACUGGGACUCCACUGGUUCCAGCAUCAGAUAACAAUGGCCAGAAUAGCCUGGUAUCAAGAGAAGAUCGGGGCUUACGACCAGCAAGUCUGGGAGAAAUCUCUGGAGCAGACGGAUUUAUACGGUUUGGACAGCCAACCGAGAAAGACGGGCCACAUCAAAUCAGACCUCAUCGAUGUGGACUUAGUGAGAGGAUCGACGUUCAGCAAAGCCAAGCCCAACAGACCCUGGACGGCUCUGACCCGCAAGGGUCUGGUCCGAGUGCUGCUGUUUCCCUUCUUCUUCAAGUGGUGGAUCCAGGUGACCUCCAAGUCCAUCUCCUCAUGGAUCCUCGUGCUGUAUUUCCUGCAAGUGGCAGCAAUGGUGCUGUACGUGGAGGUCCCCGGGGCCAGCGCCAGCGAGGUGUUCGGGCCCAUGUGUCUGAUGCUGCUGCUGGGCACCGUGCACUGCCAGAUUGUGUCGACCGAGUCCAGCCGGUGGCCCCCGGGCAGUCCGGCGUCCAGCUGCACCACCAGCCCUGCUCGCAGACGGAGGCCGAGGAAGGGCCGAGUGCUGAAGAAGUCAGAGGAGAAGACGGACAACGGGGACGCGGUGCAGCACGGGCCGUGGCAGUCUGAGGAAAGCCAGCGACUGUACAGGAGCGAAGAGAGGAGGACCACAAGAAAAUCCGGAUUCGGGGCUUCCGACGAGCUCUCCAGUGAGGAAGAGGAGGGUGUUCAACCAGUGGAAGCAAUCCUCCCAAAAUCUCAUCAAGAGCGGCUCCCUGCUUCAACGUGGCCGGCAUCUGCGCCGAUGUCUUCUGUUCGGAAGAGAAGUCAAAAGUGUAACCCCAAGCCCCCGGUGAGAGCUCAGGAAGGGGCCUCCGUCAAGGCGACGCCCACAGCGCUGGACCGCCUCAGGCCGAGCGAGGGUUCGCGUCCCGCCUCCGACACCGACGACACCCUGUGGGAGGAGCUUCUCCAGGGGCCGGACUCCGCCUCCACGGGGAGCAGCGACAGCGAGUCCAACGCGAGGUUCACCGCCGCCGGCAUGGCGCUGCCGGCGACCGCCACGAUGAGCAGUGACGACGAGAGCCUGCAGCAGGGAAUCGCCGGCAGCCAGAUGUCUUGGCUGCAGGCCUGUCACCCAUCCAAGGACCGCGUCAGCGCCAUCAUCUGGGAGCAGGGCGAGUGUAAGAAGGCCGACAUGUCCGUGUUGGAGAUCAGUGGCAUCAUCCUGACGCGGGUGAAGCUGGUGGAGCAGGGCAUGGGUUACCUCGUGCUCGGCGGUCUGAUGACCGCCACGCUGGCGCUGCUCCCCUUCGCCUUCCACCUGGCCCGCCGUCUGGACAUGGCGCUCCUCGGCUCGCUGUCCCUGAAGGAGCUGGGCGAGAUGGCGGUGGGGCGGCGCGACGCCCACGUCUACGUCUUCUUCUUCAUCACCAUAGUGCUGCGAGUCGGCCUCAUCGGGCUGUUCUUCUUCAUGAUGUGCGUCGCCGAGAGGACGUACAAACAGAGACUCUUAUUCGCCAAGUACUUCAGCCACAUCACUUCAGCUCGCAAGGCCAAGAAAUCGGAGAUCCCUCACUUCAGGCUGAAGAAGGUGCAGAACAUAAAGAUGUGGUUGUCGCUCCGCUCUUUCCUCAGGAGGCGAGGGCCGCAGCGCUCCGUCGACGUCAUCGUGUCCACCAUCUUCCUUUUGGCGCUCUCCAUUUCCUUCAUCAUUUGUGCCCAGCUGCUGCACAGCCACCAGACGUUCCUGGACUCGCUGACCAACUGGGAGCUGAUGGUGUGGGCUUCCUCCCUCAUCCUCUUCCUCUUACGGCUGGCCACGCUGGGCUCAGAGACCAACUGCAAAUACAGCAACUCCUCAGUGCUGCUCACCGAGCAGAUCAAUUUGUUUCUGAAAAUGGAGAAAAAGCCCAACAAGAAGGAAGAACUCAAUAUCGUGAACAACGUUUUAAAACUGGCUACAAAACUGAUGAAGGAGCUGGACAUCCCAUUCAGGCUGCUGGGUCUGACCGUGAACCCUCUCAUCUACAACAUCACCAGAGUGGUCAUCCUGUCCGCCGUGUCCGCCGUGGUCAGCGACCUGCUCGGCUUCAACAUCCGGCUGUGGAAAAUCAAACCUUGAUGUGAGACGGGCAAACUCGCUAACAGCCGGACCCCGGAAAGUCUCCCCGUCUGCUGCACACAGCGUCUCAUCUACAAAAAAGAGGAAGAAAGAAAAGUGCAAAGCUACUGACUGUAUAAUCCUUGUCUGUGCCUUCCGGCUGAAACCUCCGUCUCUUGAGCCUGAGAUGCUCUAACAAUCGCUCGCACGCGUUAGCGGCUGCUGGCGCUAACCCAGUGCCUAAACCCCCGUUGACCCCUCCAUGUUCCCCAGUGUGUGGUUCAAUACGGUGGUGAGUUUGAGGUCGGAGGUCAUUUCAGGCUUCUGAGGCUUCCACGUGUCCAGAUGUGAGGACACGACAUGGAAUAAGAUGUAGAAAUGAUGUAUUCGCUGAUGUUUUCUCAUCAGUUUUAACUGUAAAUCUAAAUGGGCUGUCAGCUUAAUUAAAUGAAUUUUUCAUAGCACCUAAACUUUGAGAUUUCAACCUUUUUUGUACUAUUUAAUAAGAACAACCUUGUGAUUUGUGGGCUUUUAUUUAUUUGGGGUUCUGUUUUAGACCUUGCUAUGGUAGCCUACCUGUAAAUCAUAACUCUGUGACCGCGAUCUAUUGAGGACCAUUGUUGAAUGACAUGUAUAUGCAAUGCUUGUAUAGUUAUGCUGAAAAUAAAUGUUUAAUAGAG